CCAGAGACUAGCUUACGCCAAUAUGCCAUCGAACAUGGAAUGGAUCCUGAGAAUUUUUCGAUCAUUACAGAAGCUGAAAGAAAUAGGUGGGCCAUCGAUUGUUUUCGUGGGGAUUUGGAAAGAGAUAUACGCUUUUAUCGCGGUGGAAUAGAAA